GAUGAAAUAUCCUGCCGGUUGACAACCAAUGCCUAGUCUCUAGAAAAGCACGAAACAAAUCAAUAAUCCCUUCCAUUAUAUUAAGUUUUGAGGUCACAAACCCGCAUGAAUAUUUUCUGACGGCAAAUCAAUAUUCCCAUUCAUCUUAACAGGUCAGCGACAUAGCACUAAUAAGGCUACCGCGACAAUGAGUUCUGUGGCUAAAUCAAACAUCCUCGUCGUUGGAUUCGGCGGUAUAGGCACCAUUACUGCCCUGAACUUGGAAGCUGGCGGGCAGGCAACUGUCACUGGUGUCUUCAGGUCCAACUACGAUGCAGUCAACGAGCGCGGGCUCCGGAUCUGGUCCUGCGAUCAUGGCGAUAUCCCGUCAUGGAAGCCUACUCAUGUCGUUAAAAAUGUUCCAAAUGUCGCGGAAGAUGGAGUAGAUCCCUUUGAUUUCAUCGUCAUCUGCACCAAGAACACCCCUGACAUCCCUCCAACAAUCGCCGAGAUCAUUGCACCAUCAGUGACCCCAGGACGCACUGCCAUCGUUUUGGUCCAAAACGGGCUGAACAUCGAGAAACCCAUUAUUGCCGCAUUCCCUUCCAAUGUGGUCAUCUCAGGGGUAUCCCGCAUGAGCUCCUCCGAGCUUAGCCCGGGUCAGGUCUUCCACCAAGACCAUGACGACCUAAUUAUCGGCCCUUUCAGAAACCCAAACUUGGACCGCGCGAAAGAAAUGGUGGUUUCGCAGAAGUUCGCCGACUUGUAUAAUGCGAGUGGCAAGGCGACGGGCCAAUUCGACGAGGACACGGCGCUUGUGCGGUGGAAAAAGCUCGUUUAUAAUGCUUCUUUCAACUCGUUGUGCGCUAUCACGGGGUUGGAUACCACGGGGAUCCGGGUGGCUGGGUCACCGGUUACGGGGUUGCUGUUGCCGGUCAUGACGGAGAUUAAGAAUAUUGCCAGAGCUGCCGGUGUGAACCUGCCAACUGAUCAGGAGUUUGUGGCUCUGGAUGCGGAUCCUAUGGGCUCGUACUUCAAGCCGAGUAUGCAACAGGAUAUCGAGAAGGAUAACUACAUGGAAAUGGAAGUCAUCGUUGGAGAGCCUCUAAGAGAGGCACAGAAACUAGGAGUCCCGGCUCCAACAUUAGCAUUUGUGUAUUCCAUGUUGAAGGCAUUGCAGGCCCGUACGAAGCAGAAGAAAGGACUAAUGGAGCUUCCGCCGAUGUUGGAAUUCGACGGGGCCACUGAAAUGUUAGCCAAGUUAAAAGGGACAUCAUAGGGCUGGGAUUAUCUAGAGGGUCGAUUCGUUACCUGUAGUAGAGAGCUUCAUAGGUAUGGAUUUGCGGGACAUAGGGCUAGCCUCAUUUCACCUUUGAGAUAUGGCGAGGCUUCGUACUAUUUUCCGAGCUUAUAUAGUUGCUCCUGUGGGAGAGGAUUGUCACAAGAGGACCAAGCCCCUAGGCCAGUAGACCAAAAGAUCUACAAAUGUCAGUGUUACUGACAUUUGGUCCC